AUGCUGGCUCCGCACGGGAGGCAGGUGCUGCGCGCGGCCCGUGGAGCGCUUCGCCCGGCACCGUCCACACGUUUACACGUGCGGUUUAGAUCCUGUUCGCUGACCGUGUUUUCAACGCGAACCGCCUGCGAGGAGCCCCUGGGACGUGCCUGUCUGCCCGAGACUUCAAGCCUCACAAUGACACCAACAGAGUCCCCGAAACUAAAUUCUCCAACACAAAAUUUAACAAAUAAAAAAAAAGUUCUGCAAGAGUUGUUUGAACAGCUUCCAGAAGAAGAUCAGAAAUAUAUGAAAUAUGCCUCAGCAUUCCUUGGACUAAAUGCAACCUUAUAUGGCUUAGCAGCAAACAACUCAUUCAGGCGCCUCCUAAAUAUCCCACAGGCUAGCAUAACAUCUGCAUUGUCAAUGACUUUCUUCCCAUUAAUCUCAGCAACCGUAGGUUACAACUGGCUUUUUACCCAGCCUUUACUGGCAGGCGAUCUAAAUUGCUCAUCCGAUGCUGUAGUCAGAGGAGGAUUAAUCGGGUCUGUUCUAGGUGCUAUGUACCCCAUUGCAUUGGCUGUCUCUUUAAAUAAAAGCAUUGCAGCAAGGACCGCUUCCUGGACAGGGAAACAGAAGACAUGGCGCUACUGGCUCGCCCCUUCUGGACCAGUCUUUAAAAAGAUGAGUCUUGCCAUGGUACUACAAGGCAUGACUGGAGCUUACCUUGGUUUCACCCAUCAUAGGACAUAUGAGAAAAUGUUGCAGAUAUGUGAAUUUAGCAAAGAUCUUACAGAUUAAAUGUGGUAACUAGACAACCCUCUCAACUGCUUUCAGGGGGAUGCCAUAAUAAAACCACUUUUAUUAUGGUUUUGGGAAAGACAUUGAGUUGUAAGUAGAAAUGCAAGUCAAGAUUUGCAUUGAUAUGGUCUUUGAAUACAGUAUCUUCUAUCUUCUAUUAUAA